CGAGGGCCGCCGCGAGGGCCGCGGGAGCCGCCGUGCCCGCGCAGCCCCGCGCGGCAAGGAGGAGGGAGCGCCCGCGCAGCCCCGCGCGGCCCGCGCGGCGCCUCCGCCGCCAGCGCUCCGCGGGCCGGGGCCUCCCGAGGUCGAGGGCGCACCGCAGACCGUGACGGGCCAACUUUAUGCCACCAAGCACCGCCGGUGCUGCCGCGUGGUCAGAGAGCGGCUGGCAGGGAAGGUCGUGGGAUGUGCGGCGCGACGGAGCAUGGGAGGAGGACCCGUGGGCGCAGUGGACGAGCUGGCAGGGGAAGCAGACGGGCUGCUGGUGGGACGCCGGCUCCUGGAAGGCCGACAGGCCAGAGGACACACCAGAAGUCCCCGACGGCGGCGGCGUCUCGGAGGAUGAGCAGGCCGGCAAGUCGGAGGAUGAGGAAGCCCUUCGCCCGUGGGAGCACUGCAUAACCAAGGAGGAGGAGUCCGCUGCCGAGGGUGCCCAGCCGCAGCCGGACGGCUCCCACCGCGAGCCGAAGGCCGGGCGCAUCCCAGACGCGGACGAGCUGCGCGCUCUGCACAAAGCGGCGCUGCGGCAGUUCCUGACCGACGGGGAAGACCUGCCAGACUCUGACACGGAGGCGGCCGGCCAGGCCGCGGCCCUGCCGGAGGUCAUCCCCAGCCCAACGGAGCAGAUGCGAGAUUUUCGUUCUACAAUCCUACUACAGGAGGGGUUGACUGCCACUUGUGCGGCAUGCAUCUGAACUCCCUGAAGCAGUGGGAGGACCACAGGACUGGGAAGAAACACGUCAAGAAGAUAAGCAACCCAAAGUUGGCGUGCGACCCUCCUGCUGUGCCUGUCGCGUCGACGUGAGGUCCUGCUUGCAUGCUUCCCGAAUACAGUUUGCCUUCGCCCUCGCCGCCAGCAUGGCCGAUCUUUCGUGACUUAUGCUUUCCGCGGGCACACCUGCUCCUGCGGGAAGCAUUCGUGCAUUCGGCUCCGGCAUGUUUACCGCGUGCAUGUUCCCGCAUGUGCUCCAAGCUCAUGCGGGCUCCCGCAUUCGUACAGGCCACGCCUUCCCACAUGCGUCGAAGGCGCACGCUCCCCGCAGGCACGUCUGCCUUCGGCUCUUGCACGUCGGCUGUCUUGCUGCCGCGCCCUGCCGAGCUUUCCCCAGCGGCAGCGGCCAGGUGGAGGAGGGGGAGGGCGACGGGCGAGGGGGCGACCUCCGGCGACGACCUCCCGAGGCGCGAGCUCCGCGGGCACCGCGCGGCUUCUGGCGCCCCCGCCUGCCGCGGGCGCCUCGCCCGGGCCCUCGAACCCUCGGCCGCCGGGCCGAGGCACGGGGGCACCUCGCCCGCGGCCGCCGGGGUCUGCAGUGGACAGGCAGUAGGGUAGGUCUUGUCGUGCCGACCGUCGGCGACCCCGCCGCCGGCGUUCAACGCUGAACGCCGCUGGCGACCCAGAAUCAGUCGAUGUUGAACGAUCGAACCCUUCCGUACCAAGGAAGUGUUGUCCCCCUUUGCUGGGGCUUGUCUCUGCCAUCGGGCCGCCUCCUUUGCGGGCCUCGUAGUCUCAGCGGGUGUCUUUGUAGGAAAAUGCUUGGCUGCUCCUUGCAAUCACAGGUCGAUUGCAAAGAGCGCGGAAGCAUUUUUUGAAGCGCUUUGUGAGACUAGGCAAUGCGCUGUCUUUGCGGUAUCAAUACGGAGUGUUGUAAGGAUGGGCUGGUUGUCUUGCGAGCGUUGCAAAUAAAGUUGGCUAGAAGAGCACGCGGAUGAUGAGGAGGAGGACGAGUUCUUACUACGACAUUUCGCGCC